GUAGGUUGAAAGAAAACAUCACAUUCAGAUGAGGUCAAAACACAAUCCAAACGCUGUUCUGUGCUGCCUUCAAAUUCAAAAGUGUACUGUACUAGUUAACCGCACCGCUCCCUGAAUUAACUCCCCAGUUAAAAUAAACGCUGCCAGAGUGCCAGUGUUGUGUCCUCCUCCUCUCUCUCGAUAGUAGAAAAGUAACGAAGAACUUACAAUUAACAGCAGCACAGAAGUUGAAAAACCGUUCCCUGUAAAUCAUUUUUCUUCUUCUCCUCCUCCCCAAUUCUUCUUCAUUUCUCAAGGAUGAAGAAGAAAGCAGGAGGUUUAUUAUCUGGACGUAACGUACUUAGUUUAGGGUCUAAGAUUGUGAUUACACUUUCAGCUAUUUUAUGUGUCUAUUCUCUUCUAAGAAUUCAUUCUCAAUCUAAGAAAUAUUCUUCUUCUUCGACUCGGAGAUCUUAUAGUUUAGUAGAUGAGCCAUUUCAAGGCUCUCCGAAGAUUGCUUUUCUAUUUCUAACUCGCAGAAAUCUCCCUCUUGAUUUUCUUUGGGAGACCUUCUUUCAGAAUGCAGAUGUGGGGAAUUUCUCAAUUUAUGUUCAUUCUGAACCUGGAUAUGUAUUUGAUGAAUCAACUACUAGGUCUCCAAUUUUCUAUGGCCGGCAAUUGAAAAAGAGUAUUCAGGUUGUUUGGGGAGAAUCAAGUAUGAUUGAAGCAGAAAGAUUGCUCUUCGGUGAAGCACUUCAAGAUCCAGCAAACCAGAGAUUUGUUCUUUUAUCUGAUAGUUGCGUCCCUUUGUAUAACUUCAGCCACAUAUACAAUUAUAUGAUGUCAUCUUCGAAAAGCUUCGUUGACAGCUUUCUUGAUGCAAAGGAAGGACGCUACAAUCCGAAGAUGUCACCUAAUAUACCAAAGGGCAAGUGGCGAAAAGGAUCCCAGUGGAUUGCAUUAGUUCGGAAACAUGCAAAGGUUAUUGUUAAUGAUGAUUUUGUCCUUCCGGUGUUCAAGAGGUACUGUAAGCGACGACCACCCAUGGAUUUUGGCAGGGGAAAACAGAACCUUAAAUUCCAGACGCAGCACAACUGUAUACCAGACGAGCACUAUGUGCAGACAUUACUUGCUAUGAGUGAUCUUGAAGGAGAACUUGAACGAAGAACGCUAACCUACACAUUCUGGAAUGAAUCCAAAACAGAAACUGACCGUAAAGCAUGGCAUCCGUUCACUUUUGGUUAUGCUGAUGCAGGCACUCAGCAAAUUAAUGAAAUAAAGGUCAUCAACCAUGUGAACUAUGAUUCUGAGUACCGGGUUGAAUGGUGUAAAUCUAAUUCUACACUAGUUAAUUGUUUCAUAUUCGCGAGGAAGUUUUCAAGAGGGGCAGCUAUGCGCCUUUUGAGUGAGGGCAUAGUAGGUAACUUUAAAGAUACUGCAAUGUUGGACACACCAUUUUGAUUUCUACACCAAAUUCCCCAUCAUUUACUAACGUCGUUAUGACUAAUCUAAAUUUAUAACCUUAUAGUGUCGAGAGUAUACUACUGGACUGAGACAACAAAUUAAGGGGAUCGAAUGAGAGAAAUAGCAUGAUGUAGUAGAUUAUAUAUAGUUUGUGAUCUUUGAAGUUACAGCUAAAAGAAGUUAUUAAGUAAACACCAAUAGAUUGUGCAGAUAGGUUCUGGUUGGCUGAUACGAUCUAAAGAAGAAUUGGAUUAAUUGUGGUAAUAUAUGUUACUGAGCGGCUUGAAGCUAAAAUAGUGGAGUUCUUUUUUCUGUUAAACAAUGUUUAUUAUCGCAAAUGCAAUUUUACACAUUUGUAUCAAUUUGAACUCA